UUCUUCAUUUAAUAAUUGUGAGACAAAUUUACUUCCAUAAGUUUAAGGCACUUUAUAAGGGCUAGCAGAGAAGGCCCUGCUAACAACCCACCGCUGUGCAAAGUUUACAAAAGUUUAUGGCGCAAAACCAAUCCCCGCCAGAAGAUGCAGUAGUGGCACAAAAGAGAGACGCCUUAGCUCAGUGUGAGCGUUAACUGAACAGCGGAGCUACCGUCACAGUGAAGCCAUUCCUGAAGAAACCGAUUUCUGCUUCCACAGCACAGAAUUGCCUCCAGUUCCCUGCAGGAAACAGGACGUUCCCUCUGCUCCCUCAGGCGUUUAUAACCGCGAGCUGCUCAGGAAACAAGAGAACUGCAGCUUCUGCCGGCUUCCCUCCCAUCGUAUCACCUGCCGGUGCUAAGCCCCGCCCUCAGCAGGUGUACCUCCAUCUCCUCCUCUCCUGCAGCACAGUAUCGGAGCUGCUGCGCAUCAUGAAGCGGAUCGUGCUGCUGCUGGUUCUGACUUGGGCCGCUCCGGCCGCCCGCUGCUACCCCUCAGGCUUUGUGUCGGAGAGCUGCGCGGACAUGACCCCCAACCACUCCGCCGCCCCCCAGACCGCCGCCACGCCGUUCACUGUCAGCGCGGAGCGGAGCGACCCCGCGCCUGGAGGACAGGUCACAGUCUCUCUCCAGGGUCCAAGUUCUGGUCCGUUUACCGGGUUCCUGUUGGAGGCCAGAGAGCCUGGGGGUCUGCCUGCUGUGGGCUCGUUUCUACUGGGUUCUGAUCCGGCUCGGCUCCUCACUUGUUUCCAGAAACCCAACUCUGCUGUCUCCCACUCCUCUGCCUCUCCAAAGACCAACAUCCAGGUGACGUGGCAGCCGGAUCCAGACAGAACCGUUGGAGCGGUCCAGUUCCACGCCUCCUUUGUUCAGAACUACAGAACUUUCUGGGUCGGAGUGAAAAGUCCGGUUCUAAGUCUGAAUGGGAGCUGGGCUGCUGAUGCCGGUACCCAGCCUCCCGGCACCCAGCCUCCCGGUACCCAGCCUCCCGGUACCCAGCCUCCCGGUACCCAGCCUCCUGGGCCUACUCCCAUCUCCAAUGAUGGUUGCGGUUCCACCAAGCUGUGCUUCUCCCAGCCUCCAAACUGUAAUCCCUCCAUCAGCUCCAACUGCUUCUUCACGUCAGCCAAGCUUCUGACUCCGCCCGAAUCCGGGGUCCGGUACGAGCUGUCCGGACCUGGUGAAGGUUACAUAGCUUUUGGGUGGUCAGAUGAUCAGAAGAUGGGUAAUGAUGACAUCUACAUCUGUGGCCUGAGCAGUGCUGGAAAUGUUGAUGUACAGCGGGCCUUCUCUGUUGGACGGAAAGCUCCAAAUGUUCAACCUAAGGGAGACAUCUCGGAUAUACAGACCUCCAACCAGAAUGGGGUCCUGACCUGCACAUUCACCUCCAAGAACAACAUCUUCACUUCCAGCAGCACCAACUUCAGCUCCAACACACUCUUCUACAUGCUGCUGGCCUAUGGACCCAGCGCCAAUGGGAUCAUCAUGGAGCACCAGAAAGCUUACAGCAGCAGCCAACAGGUGGCGCUGACAUCUCCUGCUGUGAUCCAAAGUGAUGGAAAGGAACCGAUGAUCAGAGCCCACGGUUGCCUGAUGCUGCUCGCCUGGAUGACCUUGGGUCCACUGGGAAUGAUGGUGGCUCGGUACCUGAGGAGAUCCAGCAAGGUCAAGAUGUUUGGCAAAGAUCUGUGGUUUGUGGUCCAUGUCUCCAUGAUGAGCUUCACCGUGGCAACCACCAUCAUCGCUUUCAUCCUCGCCUUCUCAUACCUUGGCGGCUGGGAAUACGGAGUUCAUCCGGUGCUGGGCUGCCUGGUUCUGACUCUGGCGCUGAUCCAGCCCAUCCUGGCCUUGAUGCGCUGCACGCCGCAGCAUCCAAGGAGGUUCCUGUUCAACUGGGCUCAUUUUGUCAUCAUCUAACCAGGAAUCCUGACUCCGCCCACAGUGGCGGCCAUCUUUACAGGCAUGAUGAUGGCAGGACCACAGGCUGGCUGAUGACAGGUGCUAGGCUACACAAGCCCGGCUACAGGCGCACUGCUCAUCCUGAUGGAGCUGCAAGUCAGAUGGAAGAGCGCUGCAGACGGCAGCGAUCCUGUGGAGUCUGACACGGUGGGACGGGACGUCCUGCUGGUGGCGCUCUUCCUCACUGGGAACCUGUCCUUCCUCAUCGCCCUGCUGGCCGGAAUAGGACAGGCGGCGCAUUCCUAGGAUCUGGGUCUGCUCAGCUGUCACUCUCAGGGCUCCUUCUGUUCAUCACAUGUUCUGUUCUGAUCCAGCUGACGAUCAGUUACAUGUUUGUUCUAAAGUGGAGAAACUUCAGCGCAUUAAAGUUGCCGUUAGCAACCAGCUGUUUGUUUAUGCAGCCAAAUAUCAGAAAAUAAAGAAAAACAACCCAAA